UGUCGGCAUCUGAGACAACAACGAAGGACAGCUAGGAACAAGGACAACAAAGAUGGACAAAUAAAGGAGCCUCCUGAAGGAAAUGACCAGAAGACACCAGAAGAGUCCUUACCUGGUCCAAGUCAAGUAAAGGAAGAUAAUGCAGCAUCCAUCACAGCUGCUGUCCCCAAGAAGACAGAGCCCAUGGGUGGUAUUUCAUCAAUGUUGUCAUCUCUGCGACCUGGAAAGGACUCUUCCAAAGCUGGAGAGGAGGGAGAGAAGUGGUCACCUGCGUCCUCCCCUAGCAAAGCAGCAGCAGGACACGCAGCAAAGUCCAUUUCAUCAUUUUCCCCCUCUCCUUCGACGUCUUCAGCGUUGUCCCCUGGCCGAGCUAAGAUGAGUGUCUCUGGACCCGGCAGUAGUAAAUCCGUCCUGGCACCUUCUCCUUCCCCGUCCUCCUCUUCUUCCUCUUCUUCCUCUUUUGCCACAGCUUCCUCAUCUCCUUCUGUCUCCCCUCCCCCAACCAAGAUUCAUCGGGCUCGAAAGACCAUGAACAGGCCUGCAACCGGGCAGAUGAGCCACACUGAAGCACCUGUGAUACCUUCAGAAUCCUCUGAAAUUGAACAGGUUGCAAAAAGGAGAAAACUUGGUCAUUUAUCUGAAGACAUACCUGAGAAAUCAGAAAACAUUCCAGAAAAUGCUCAAACUGUGGAAGAAACGUUAUUUCAUAAAAAAGUGGAGACUGUUACCAAAACUGCACCAGAGAAGAGCAACAGCAGUGUUGGGAAAUUAAAGCAGGAAGUUGCAGAGAAAAUUCCUAUUUCCAGUCCGUCCAUGCAAGAUUCAGAAAAGUUUGAAGAUGGUGGGGCGGAAGCAAGACAAAGUAAAGACAUAGAGGGGUCUGUGAACAUGUCAGAUCAUGACACCUCAAUCCUGCAUCUCCAUGCCCAGGAAAAAGAGAGAAUCUCGGCUGACGUGGUUGAGACAGUGGGAGCAGGAAGGGCCACUGAGUACACGGAGGUUCCUCUGGGUGCUCUGGACAUCUCCGCUGCCGACAGUCUGACUCUUUCUCCUCAUCACGAAGGAAGUGAUGCAGGAGACACGGAGCGGCUGGAGGAGCUUCCUCUCUGCAGCUGCAGGAUGGAGGCUCCCCGGGUGGACAGCAGCAGCCACCGCAUCAGCAGACAGUGUAUGGCUACUGAGAGCAUCAAUGGAGAGCUGAGGGCUUGUACCAGUCGGACUAUGAAAGGGGAGACCAUGCGUCCGUCCAGUCGGGUGCCCCUCAUGAUGCUUUGUGAGAUCCACCGCUCACACAUGGUCAAACACCACUGCUGCCCUGGGUGUGGAUACUUCUGCCUCGCGGGCACGUUUCUAGAGUGCUGCCCAGACCAGCGCAUCGCUCACCGUUUCCACCGUGGUUGUGUGACGGUGCUGGGCGGUGGGCGCAGCAGAUCAAACGGCGGCGGUGGCGGCGGCAUGCUUUUCUGUCCUCACUGCGGGGAAGAUGCCUCUGAGGCCCAGGAGGUCACCAUCCCAUCCUUUAGCUCGGCCACAUCCUCGGCAACCACCGUCGUCACCAUGUCUGCUUCCUCCACCACCACCCCGUCACUGCCGCCCUCCACCCCCACCGCACCCUCACUCACAGCCUCAACAGGAGGGAUGAAGGAUGGGAAGAUGCCAGAGAGACCUGUCAGUGCACGCAUUCAUAGCCAUGGUUUGGUGACACUGGCAGUAGAGCAGCAGCCUCCGCAGCCUGUAGCCUCUGCAGCCACUGAGGCCACCCUCCCCCCGGCAGAGGAGGGGGUGGACAGCGUGGGACCCUCCCUCUGUAUGCCAAAUGGGAAACCCAUCAGCCCCAGUGCACUUCCACCUGGGCCCAGCAGGGCGGCGCUGCAGAAGGCCAUCCUCACACAGGACACUGAGAGGAGGAAGAAACUGAGGUUCCACCCCCGCCAGCUCUACCCGGCUGCCAAGCAGGGGGAAGUGCAGAGAGUCCUGCUCAUGCUGAUGGAGGGCAUAGAUCCAACAUACCAGCCUGACUCCCAGAACAGGCGCUCUGCUCUCCAUGCUGCAGCUCAGAGAGGCCUGCUGGAAGUCUGCUACAUUCUCCUACAGGCCGGAGCUCAAGUGGAUGCCCAGGACAAGGACCGUAGGACCCCUCUGCUUGAGGCGGUCAUCAACAACCACAUUGAGGUGGCUCACUAUCUGGUCCAGAACGGAGCCUGCGUCUAUCAUGUUGAGGAGGAUGGAUACACUGGUCUCCACCACGCAGCCAAACUGGGAAACCUGGAGAUUGUCAGCAUGCUGCUGGAGACAGGGCAGGCUGAUGUUAACGCACAGGACACCGGGGGCUGGACGCCCAUCAUCUGGUCUGCAGAGCACAAACACGUAGAUGUGAUUAAAGUGCUGCUGAACAGAGGCGCUGAUGUCACCAUUAGUGAUAAAGAGCUGAACGUGUGCCUCCACUGGGCAGCGUAUGCAGGGAAUGUGGAUAUAGCAGAGUUGGUCAUGAACUCUGGCUGCUCCCUCGCCUCAGUUAACUUGCACGGAGAUACGCCGCUUCACAUCGCCGCCAGAGAGGGCUUCCUGGAAUGUGUUACGUUGUUCCUGUCCAGAGGGGCAGACAUUGACGUCGUGAAUAGGGAAGGAGACACGCCUCUCAGCCUCGCUCGGCCCGACACGCCGGUGUGGGUCGCCCUCCAGAUCAACAGGAAGCUAAGAAGGGGAAUAACCAAUCGUAUGCUUCGGACCGAGAAAAUCAUCUGCAGUGACGUUGCACAGGGCUAUGAGAACGUCCCGAUUCCCUGUGUGAACGCAGUGGACGACGAGGGCUGUCCGUCAGACUACAAAUAUGUUUCAGAAAAUUGUGAAACUUCGGCAAUGAACAUAGACCGCAAUAUUACACACCUGCAGCACUGUAGCUGCACUGAUGACUGCUCGUCUAGUAACUGCCUCUGUGGACAACUGAGUAUCCGCUGCUGGUACGACAAGGACCAGCGACUACUCCAGGAAUUCAACAAAAUUGAGCCUCCACUAAUAUUUGAAUGCAACAUGGCGUGUUCCUGUUACCGAACAUGCAAGAACAGAGUGGUACAGGCAGGCAUCAAAGUUCGUCUUCAGCUCUACAGGACUGAGAAAAUGGGCUGGGGAGUUCGAGCUCUGCAGGAUAUUCCCCAGGGAAGCUUCAUCUGCGAAUAUGUAGGGGAGCUCAUCUCCGACGCAGAGGCCGAUGUUAGAGAAGACGACUCCUACCUGUUUGACCUGGACAACAAGGAUGGUGAGGUGUAUUGCAUUGAUGCCCGGUACUAUGGCAACAUCAGCCGCUUCAUCAACCACCUGUGUGACCCGAACCUCAUCCCAGUGCGUGUGUUCAUGCUGCACCAGGACCUGAGGUUUCCCCGCAUCGCCUUCUUCAGCUCCAGAGACAUCCUCAGCGGACAGGAGCUGGGAUUCGACUAUGGAGACCGAUUUUGGGACAUUAAGAGCAAGUACUUCACCUGUCAAUGUGGAUCAGAGAAAUGCAAGCACUCGGCCGAGGCCAUCGCCAUCGAGCAGAACAGACUGGCUCGACUGGAGGCUUGCCCAGAUUCAGGAGCUGACUGUGGGAUGAGCAUGCUGGGAAACUCUUAAAACACUUACCCAUGGGGCCUUUGGAUUAACCUCACCCACUUCACAUGUGAACAUUUGCAAUGAAAAUACACCUAGUGGGUUAUAUCAUGUUUUUGAUGCAUGGUGCUGUUUUUCUACUUGAAAUGUCCUUAUUUUCCUCCCAAACUUGCCAUCUUAGAGUUGACCAUGUCACCUAUGGUAGAGAACAUGGGCCUUUUUAUAUAUGUUUAAACUGUGUGGGUGUAAAACACAUACAUUUGUGAUUCUGUACAUACAGUAUAUCUACUGUAUAUUAAUGUCUUUUUCAUUAGCUCAUGACGAUUUGUGCAUUACGAGUCCCAAACUGUCAUGCAUCUUCUGUUGUGCCAACAAAACGCUUCUUAACACUUUGCAUUUUUAACACAGUUCAGUCAUGGGCCAACCCUUUAGCCCAUACUGGACUCGAGGACCUGAGGGAUGUUGACUUUGGAUGAUUGUCGUAGCUUUAUUUUCUUUAUUUUUAUACGCAUUGUUUUCUUUAUCACAUUUAGUUUAAUAAAUUAGCUCAUUAGUUGAUCUUUGGGCUCUUAUAUUGAA